AUGUCUCUUCUCCAUCUUCCAAGCGAACUACUACUUAUGAUCAUCGAGGAGCUGGAUAGUGAGAAGGAUAUUCUUUCCUUUCUAUUGACAAGUCGCCGAAUCUAUGCUAUCCAGCAAGGAGGUCCUCUAUACAAUCACAACAUUAGGUUCUCCGGAAGUUCAGCACUGCGAUGGUACUCGGCGCGCGGGCACAAAUCAGCUGUGGAGGCACUGCUCCAAAAGGGCGCUAACAUAGAAUGCAAAUCUGAGGAUGGUUGCACAGCACUAGCAUACGCUGCUAGAAUGGAACAUGAUGAUGUCCUCAUGCUGUUGUUUGAAAAGGGCUCUGAUCAGAAGUUCAAAGGCACGGAAUAUGACCAGGAACAGCUAUUAAUAGCUGCAGAAGUUGGAUACAGUGGAUUCGUUAAUUUACUCCUCGAGAGGGGCACUGACCUAGAGUGCAAAGACUAUAACAAUAACACACCAUUGGGCAUUGCUGCUUGCAAGGGACAUGAGAAUGUAGCCAGGUUGCUACUUGAGAAAGGCGCGGAUAUGGAAUCUAAAGAUAGCUAUGGCGUCACACCGUUAAAAGCUGCUGCACGCGCUGGACAUGAGAGUAUGGUCAAACUGCUGCUCGAGAAAGGUUCUAAUAUAGAAUCUAGAGAGUUUGGCAGCUGGACACCGUUAACAGUUGCUGUAUUCUCUGAAUAUGAGGGUAUAGUCAAACUCCUGCUCAACAACGGUUCUAAUAUAGAAUCUGAGGACGAUCUUGGCUGGACACCACUGGCAUAUGCUGCUAUGCAGGGAAAUGAGCAGGUGAUCAAGCUGUUGCUCUACAACGGGGCUGCCCUCGAGCGAUCAAGUUGCACGUUCGAGCGGGUCACCCAAAUGAGAUGCCUUUUGAAUUGA